AAACUCUUGUUCUUCUUCUUGUUUCUUUACCUUAUUUUUUUUUAAAAUAAUAACACUACUCAAUAUGUCUCCUAUCAACACAUCUCUCAUUGCCUCUACUCUCACUCUCACUCGUCGUGCAGCAGUUGUAUCUUUUCUUAAGCCUGCAGUUCCUACUGCCUUUCUUCACGUCUCCGUUCAACAAAAUAAGAAUGUUGUCGAUGAAGCAAAGGACAUUGGACACAAAGUCAAUAUGAAGGCUGGAGAGAGAGCUGGAAAGGCUGUCGAGACUGUCGAAGACCUUGCCCACAAAGCAACUGAAAUCAAAGACCAAUACGCCAAAAAGGGCGUUGUUGGUGCUGCAAAGACUGUAAGCCAACAGGCUAACCUCAAGGCUGGACAGACUCUUGCCAAGGGUAUCGACGAAGUUGAAAGUGUUUUGGAAAAGAGCCCUAUUGAGGCAGUCAAGCAAGUCGUGGAAAAGGCCAAGGCUGCUGUUGGACUAGGCACCACCAAGGCUGAGCACACAAUCAAGGAAGGCUCCACAAAGGCAGAACAUACUCUCAAGGAAGGUGCUCAAAAGGCACAGCAUACCAUCAAGGAAGGUGCUCAGAAGAUCCGCAAGGACUCAGUUGGUGCCACUCAGGACGCGGAGUCUACCCUCAACAGCGCAAAGGGUACUGCCUGGGAUGCCUCCAAGACAGCCGAACAGAAGUAUGACCAGGCCAAGAAUGUAGUGGGUGAAAAGGUUGAGGAGGCCAAACACGUAGUAGGCGAGAAGGUUGAUGAAGUCAAGCGCAAGCUCAACCAAUAAGACAACUAAACACAUAAACAAACAAACAACAUGUAUAGAAAAAUAAUAAUUAUCAGGCUCUGUUCUCUCUAGGCAGUUUUCUCAAAAAAAAUAUCUUUCUAAAAUUGAAUUGAAAUGAAAUGAAUUUCUUUUAUUCUCUUCCUUAUUUCUCUUCAUUGUAUAUAUACUAUAUAACAAUAACAAUAAAAAUAAAAAAAAAUAAAACAUAUAAAA